GCCCCCAGGCUGGCCCUACUGCCUCUCACCUGUCUCAGCUCAGAAACUGGGAAACCCUUCAGUGCUCUCCCAGGAGUGGCCCAGCCGGGGCAGCCAGCUGUUCAGUGCCUGCCAGCAGCUCUAGUCUGUACAAUUUCCAUCUAGUUCAUACUUGUUCUAGUCCUCGCCCCAUUAAAAAACAUUCAUCUUCCGGGCUGGGUUGGGAGUAAGCAUGUUGAUGUGGUUUCUCCAGGUUUCAGACACACAGUAGAAGAACCAGGAAUGUGGAUUUCCAGGGCUGGCUGGUUUCCCCUCUCUGGGCCUCAGUGUUCUCAUCUGCAAUGUGGGGUAAAUACCUGCCAGAUAGAGUUGAAAAUAAUGUAAAUUCAAGACAGGAACGCAGCACAGCACUGGCGUGAGGUCCUCAAUCCACGGAUGUCGGUGUUUUUAUGAGCAUUUGUCCUGGUCUGACCAGGAUGUGACUUCCUGGGGAAGGGUGUACAGAUUUGCAGUGAGUUAAGGGAUCUUAAACAUGAUUGCUUGAACUUGAGCCCUGCCCCUUCCGAGUGAUUUGUGGCCUCUGCUUGGAUGCCUCUGGGUGCCAGGAGCUCAUCCUGUGCCCCCACUGGAAAGGCCCGACUCUACAAGCAUGUAUGCUUGUUGCCUCAGUUUCCUCCUUGACAGUCCACAGACCCUCCCCUUGGGAUGAGGUCACCUCCACCAGGCUCCUUCCAGACUCACACAUCCCCUUGGGAUGAGGUCACCUCCACCAGGCUCCUUCCAGACUCACACAUUUGCCCAGUCACCUUCUCAAUGCUUCUCCUCCCCUUUGCCUCUUGCAGAGAUUUUGAUUCACUUUCCAAGGAAAAUGUCUUCGAGAAUAAUCGUUUGGCCUUUGAAGUGGCUGAGAAGGAGCUGGGCAUCCCUGCUCUCCUGGACCCCAAUGACAUGGUCUCCAUGCGUGUCCCCGACUGCCUCAGCAUCAUGACCUACGUGUCCCAGUAUUACAACCACUUCGCCAGCCAUGGCCAAGCCGGUGUCUCACCACCCAGAAAGGGCCUGGUACCCUCCUCCCUGCCAUCUACUCCAGUAGAACCAGGAGACAGGCCUCAGGGCAAGGAGCUCUCCUCAGGUCACCUGUCGGAGCAGGGUGCCCAGCGGACCCCCAGCAGCACGUGCGCGGCCUGUGGGCAGCACGUGCACUUGGUGCAGCGCUACCUGGCCGAGGGCAAGCUGUACCACCGGCACUGCUUCCGGUGUCGGCAGUGCUCCAGCACCCUGAUCCCUGGGGCUUACAGGAGUGGGCCUGAGGAGGGCACCUUUGUGUGUGCCGAGCACUGUGCCAGGCUGGGCCCAGGUGGGCGGUCAGGGGCCAAGCCCAGGUCCCCACUACAGCCAAAGCAACAGCAAGAAGACGCAACAAAAGCAGCAGAAGAUGCCAUGAGCGUGGAAGGAGGCGGCCUCAGCCCUAGUGAAGCUGCAGGGGCUGAGGCCCGGCCUCAGACCCCCACCAAGCCCUGCGUUCCCGAUAAGCCACAGGACCUGGCCAGCCCCCAGGCCGGCCGCCCCAUGCCCGCCCCCAGGAAGGCCUUGGAGAGCACAGCCCUGACACCCCCCACGCCCCGGCCCCGGGCCAGUCUGCAGCCUGAGAACUUGGUGGAGCAGGGUGGCAGCGGCCUGGUGAAUGGAAGGCUGCACGAGCCCCCUGUCCCCAAGCCAAGAGGGACGCCCAAGCUGUCAGAGAGGACACCGGCCCCCAGGAAGGACCCUCCUUGGAUCACACUGGUACAGGCAGAGCCAAAGAAGAAGCCGGCGCCGCUGCCCCCGAGCAGCAGCCCCCGGCCGCUGGGCAGGGACAGCCCGAGGGUGGAGAAUGGAGGCUUGGAGGAGGUGGCCCCAAGGAGCCCGGCGGCGGCCAGCCUGGACCCCAAGCCCUACAACCCCUUCGAAGAGGAGGAGGAGGCGGAGGAGCCCCCCGCUGCACCCAGUCUGACCACCAGUCCUGCCCAGGCCCACCCAGAGUCCACACCCAAGUCCCUGCACCCCUGGUAUGGGAUCACCCCCACCAGUAGCCCCAAGACAAAGAAGCGCCCUGCCCCCCGAGCACCCAGUGCAUCCCCACUCGCUCUCCAUGCCUCCCGCCUCUCACACUCAGAGCCACCUUCGGCUACCCCAUCGCCAGCCCUCAGUGUGGAAAGCCUCUCAUCCGAGGGCUCCAGCCAGACCGCCAGUGGGGAGCUUCUGGAGCCGCCAGUUGUGCCCAAGAGCUCCUCAGAGCCUGCUGUCCAUGCUCCUGGCACUCCUGGGACCUCUGCCAGCCUCUCUGCCAACUCCUCCCUGUCCUCCUCUGGGGAGCUGGUGCAGCCCACUGUGGACCAGAUGCCUCAAGCCAGCCCUGGCCUUGCCCCCAAUACCAGGGUCAGCCUGGGUCCCCAGCCAGCCAAGCCCUGCAGUGGUGCUGCCCCCACCCCUCUCUUGUUGGUAGGAGACAAGAUCCCCACGCCUCUCCCUGGCACCUCAUCCCCGCAGCUCCAGGUAAAGUCUUCCUGCAAGGAGAAUCCUUUUAACCGGAAGGCAUCACCCACAGCAUCCCCAGCCACAAAGAAAGCCACCAAGGGACCCAAGCCAGUGAGGCCACCUGCCCCAGGACACGGCUUCCCUCUCAUUAAGCGCAAGGUCCAGGCUGACCAGUACAUCCCCGAGGAGGACAUCCACCGGGAGGUAGACACCAUUGAGCGCCAGCUGGAUGCCCUGGAACUCCGUGGGGUUAUGCUGGAAGAGAAGCUGCGCAGCGGGAUGAAUGAGGGUCGUGAGGACGACAUGCUAGUGGACUGGUUCAAGCUCAUCCACGAGAAGCACCUGCUGGUGCGGCGCGAGUCUGAGCUCAUCUACGUCUUCAAGCAGCAGAACCUGGAGCAGCGUCAGGCCGAUGUGGAGUAUGAGCUCCGGUGCCUUCUCAACAAGCCAGAAAAGGACUGGACAGAGGACGACCGGGGCCGGGAGAAGGUGCUGAUGCAAGAGAUCGUGACCCUCAUCGAGCAGCGCAAUGCCAUCGUCAACUGCCUGGAUGAGGACCGGCAGAGGGAGGAAGAGGAAGAUAAGAUGUUGGAGGCCAUGAUCAAGAAGAAAGAGUUCCAGAAGGAGACUGAGUCUGAGGGCAGGAAGAAGGGCAAGUUCAAGAACAUGAAGGUGCUGAAGCUGCUAGGAAACAAGCGUGACAUCAAGAGCAAGUCCCCCGGGGACAAGAGCUAACAGCGAGGGGACUUCCACCUACCCCCUGCUGGCUCAGCCCUGUCCUGUCUGGUUCUGAUGACUCCAGAUGCUGUGAUGGACCCAAGGAGCAGGCAGGGUCCUGGUCCGGAGAACGGCAGCGGCUUAGUACCUGCCCUUUGUCCCGCCCAGCCCCGCUGUGACAGGCAGCUCCUUGGCCCUCCUUCCCUGUCUUGUCCAGAUGGGACUCUUAGCUGUCCAAGUUCUGACCCCAGGGCCCUUCCCCCCACGAGGUGCGCACGGCUCUGCUGCCUCCUGGGUUCUCCUCGGCGGCAGGAAGCCGGGGGUGGCUGUGCUGGCUGCUUGUGGCCCGGGCCCUGGCUCCGAGGCCCUGUCUUCCUCUCCAGGGCAGGCAGCCCGAGUCUGAUUCUCCUCACUCAGCUCUAUUUAUGAAGUCUCUGUGCUGGGUUAGUGACUGUGUCCUCAGACAUGAGUGGGGCUGAUGGAUGAAACCCUUCCUCUGUCUCCCAAAGUUCUAGGAGGUGCUCCCUCCUCUUUCCUUGCUUUGUGGGAACCUCAGCAGGACGGGGGCUAUGACGGCCGCACUGGGUGGGGGGCCCUGUGCCAAGUCUCCCAGCAAGGGUCUCCGAAAGGCAGGCCCCAGUUGCGGUUCUGGUCCCUGGUCGACUGAGGGGUUAUGCUUUCCGUAGGUGCUAAUUCUGGUUCUUUAACACACCGUGGUCGAACGCCUCACCGAGGCUCCCCCACCCCACCCGCCUCAGGAGGGGAUGGUGGGCCCAUUCCUGCGUGGUCACCACCAGUGUCUCCUCACAUUCCUCUGCUGUUUGUUCUUUCCUGACUCAUUCUCACCAAAGGACUGAUGGCCACUCACCCCACUGGGAGGAGCCGAUGGGGACAACGCCUUUUCCCCAGGGACUCUGCCAGCAGCUCUUGGUCAAAGCACUGUUGCCAUAAGCUAUUUCUGGGGACCUAGCGCCCCCUUCCCUCAGCACACCUCUGGGGAAAGAUCGCACUGUAUUAACUCGUGAGGGUUUUCCUCACCAACAAUAAAUGGAGACAACCUCAUUGCCAGUGCCCUGCAGCCUCAGGGUGCUGCUCCCUUGGCCAGGUCUGCCUUUCCUGCCCCCACUGCGCCUGUGGCCGGGCAUCACUGGUGGCCUAGGAGGGGCAUGUAGGAGCUGUCCUCCAGCAGGGGCUUUGGCCCUCGCUGUCUGCCAUUGAGCAGGAUUCCCUUGCUCUGCAGAGAGAGGUGGCUCCUGCCCCUGUGUAGCCCCUGGUGGCCUCCGUCCAAAUGUGCCUGUUGACCUGGAGCCAGGACACACGAACUGGGCUGGGGGUAACCUAAGGGAUGGCUCCGCUGGGCUGCCUCCCUGUCAGGAGACUUGGGUGGUGGGGACUAGGGUGAACUGGAUGUGUCCCUGCCACAGCUAAAGGGGGAAGUUCUUCCUGAGGUCAAGUAGCUGUGGGAAAUAUGGCCCAGUGUCGGCAGAUCUUUACAUUUUUCAGAAGCUGCUAGAAAUCCAGGUUGUAUGUAUGUGUAAUUUGUAAACGUUGGCAACUAAUAGGAAAUUAAAUCAAGGGUAGGCUGAACUUC